GGUCCCCACACCAAAAUACUAAUUGAAAAAGAUAGAAACUUUUUUUUUUUUUUCAAUUCAAAGGCCAUACUCAUGUUCACCACAAGCAUAUCCUUUACCAGGACCAGAAUUUAGCUGUAAAUUUUUAUAACAACAAAAGGAAGAGAUUUCUUGAUGUGACCUAGGUGUCUUCAUGAUUAUUAGAUAAACUAUUGGUUCUAGUUUGAUGUUCAGAAUUGAAAAAUUAGGGAACUUCUGUUUGUAAGUUCAAGAAACCUUUGAACCCUUGUUUGAAAAUAUGGAUACAUUGUUGAAAACCCCAAAUAAGCUUGAAUUUCUACAACCCUUUCAUGGAUUUGCUGUUAAAGGUAGCUCCUUUAGCUCUGUAAAGCCUCUGAAGCUUGGUUUUAGAAAAUUUUGUGAGAAUUGGGGAAGAGGGGUUUGUGUUAAAGCUAGGAGUAGUACUCUUUUGGAGCUUGUACCUGAGAUAAAGAAGGAAAAUCUUGAUUUUGAGCUUCCUAUGUAUGACCCUUCAAAAGGGCUUGUUGUAGAUCUAGCUGUGGUUGGUGGUGGACCUGCUGGGCUUGCUGUUGCACAGCAGGUUUCGGAGGCUGGGUUAUCGGUUUGCUCGAUUGACCCGUCCCCUAAAUUGAUAUGGCCUAACAACUAUGGUGUUUGGGUGGAUGAAUUUGAGGCCAUGGAUUUGUUGGAUUGCCUUGAUGCGACAUGGUCAGGUGCUGUUGUUUAUGUCGAUGAUGAUAAAACUAAGAAUCUUGAUAGACCUUAUGGAAGGGUUAAUAGGAAACAGCUUAAGUCGAAAAUGAUGCAGAAAUGCAUACUAAAUGGUGUUAAAUUUCACCAAGCAAAAGUUAUAAAGGUAAUUCAUGAGGAAGCUAAAUCUAUGCUGAUUUGCAGUGAUGGUGUGACUAUUCAGGCAACAGUGGUUCUUGAUGCGACGGGAUUCUCUAGAUGUCUUGUUCAGUAUGAUAAGCCAUAUAAUCCUGGGUAUCAAGUCGCUUAUGGCAUAUUGGCACAAGUGGAGGAACAUCCCUUCGAUACAAGUAAGAUGCUUUUUAUGGAUUGGCGAGAUUCCCAUCUUAAUAACAAUGUGAAGCUGAAAGAGAGGAACAGAAAAGUUCCAACUUUUCUCUAUGCCAUGCCAUUUUCAUCAAACAGAAUAUUUCUUGAAGAAACCUCCCUUGUAGCUCGUCCUGGAUUACGUAUGGAUGAUAUACAAGAACGAAUGGUGGCUCGUUUGAGUCACUUGGGUAUAAAAGUUACGAGCAUUGAAGAAGAUGAGCAGUGUGUGAUCCCAAUGGGAGGCCCCCUUCCAGUAAUACCUCAGAGGGUAGUUGGAAUUGGUGGUACUGCUGGUAUGGUUCAUCCUUCUACGGGUUAUAUGGUAGCAAGGACACUAGCUGCAGCUCCUGUCGUUGCUAAUGCAAUAGUUCAGUACCUUGGUUCUGAUAAGGACCAUCUAGGUAAUGAGUUAUCGGCAUCUGUUUGGAAAGAUUUGUGGCCCAUAGAAAGGAGACGUCAAAGAGAAUUCUUUUGCUUUGGUAUGGAUAUUCUUCUGAAGCUUGAUUUAUCCGCUACAAGAAGGUUUUUCGAUGCCUUUUUUGAUCUAGAACCUCGUUAUUGGCAUGGUUUCUUGUCAUCUCGGCUGUUUCUUCCUGAACUCAUGUUUUUCGGUCUAUCCCUUUUCUCUCAUGCUUCAAAUACUUCUAGAUUAGAGAUAAUGACCAAAGGAACUUUUCCUUUGGUUACUAUGAUUAACAAUUUGUUAAAGGAUACAGAAUGACUUAUCAAGGAUCUUGUUCAAUAGUACAUCACAUAUAUGUUAAUAUACUGCUCAUUUUGUUUGCCAAUUUA